CUCGUUGGAUGCGACACAGUUUGCUUCUUAUAGUGAAAACUUGAAGACAAAAAUAUGAAACUGUUAAUCAUCACCACACUCUUCGCCUUGGGAGCAGCCCAAAUCCCAUCAAGAAACUACAUCCCACAAAGUCAAGGUCACGGAGGGCAAGGUGGCUACCAAAAUAACCAUGGAUCCCAAAUAGACCCUGGAUUCAAUCUUGGUGGAGCUGGUGGUGGAAACCGGAGACCUCAACAGGAUGCUGAAAAGAAUGCUGCUACUUUGAAACAAGAUCAAGAUGUUAGUGAAGAUGGAAGCUACCACUUUGGAUUCGAAACUUCGAACGGCAUCCGAGCUGAAGAAGCUGGUAACCCAGUCGAGGCCCAGGGUGGAUUCUCCUACAAGGGCGAUGAUGGUCACACAUACACCGUCACCUACACCUCAGGAGAAGGUGGUUUCAGACCUCAGGGUGAACAUCUGCCAGUUCCACCUCCCACUCCUGAAGCUAUCCUGGAAGCAUUGAGGAAGAAUCAACAGGAUGAGGCUGCUGGUAUCUUUGAUGACGGUAAAUACCACCCAGAACAACACGGAGGUGGUCAGCACAACGGAUUUGGAUCUGCGAAUCACCAGGGAGGCUUCAACGCCAACAGUGGUUAUCAAUACUGAUUUGAUAACCCUACUUUCUCCGAUAUUUGUCAAUGCAUAGAAUUUUAUGAUCUAUGAUAAAGAGUACAAGUAUCAUUUUUCUAAACUCUAAUAAAGGUUUCAUGUCUACAAUAUUGACAAAUACAAUAAAACUGCAACAAAACUGAUUUUUAAUUGUGCAAUAGUAUUUAAGGUCUAGAUUAAGUAGUUAUGCGAUGUUAAUAUAUAGAAAAUGUGAAUAAAAAGUGUAAGAAUGAUUUUAUAAAGAAGAUCACAGCAAU